AUGCACCACGUGGUGGUUGGAGAUAUAAUCCUCCUUCACAAGAAUCAACGAGUGCCCGCGGACAUGGUUCUUCUCUGGACUUCCGAACCCCAAGGUUCCUGUUUCAUCCGGACUGACCAGUUGGAUGGGGAGACUGACUGGAAACUCCGUACAGCCAUCCCAGUGACCCAACACAUUGUUCAAGAGUCAGGUCAUCCUGAAAGUCUUUUUGAUAUUCAGGCUCAAAUCUACGCCGAGGCGCCCAACAUGCGCAUCCAUAGUUUCGAAGGAACUUUUGCAAGAACGGAUAUAAUAGGUGGAGGUGAUCAAGUUAACACUCUGGACAAUUCCAUGGAGAAUGAGGCCUCUCUUAGUGUUGAUCAGACCCUCUGGUCAAACACAGUUUUGGCUACUGGCACUGCAGCGGGCAUUGUAAUCUACUGUGGUCCAGAGACUCGUGCUGUUAUGAAUUCCAGCAAGCCACACACGAAAAUAGGACAUUUUGAUAGAGAAGUCAAUGAUAUUAUAAAACUCCUUUUCGCCUGUGUCGUUAUUCUUGCCCUCAUUAUGGUGGCAUUGAAGAGCUUCAAAGGUGCUUGGUACAUCUACUACUGGAGAUUCUUCCUCCUCUUCUCCUACAUCAUUCCUCUUGCUUUGCGCGUAAAUCUUGAUAUGGCCAAGAUCGUCUACUCCUUGAUGAUCAAUCGAGACAAGGACCUUCCCGGGUGUGUAGUUCGUAGUACUACAAUCCCAGAGGAGCUGGGUCGUAUCACACAUUUGUUGUCAGAUAAGACCGGUACCCUAACACAAAACGAGAUGGUGUUCAAAAAAUUGCACUUGGGCAUUGUGGCCUUCGCGCCUGAUUCCAUGGACGAGUUGACUGACACCCUUCGUCGUUACUACGACACCGCGGCUAAAAAUGGCGACGAGACUGCAACCAAGCAGUUGCGCAAAACUGGCGACGAGAUGUUGGUUGAGGCUGUGUUAGCGAUUGCAAUCUGCCACAACGUCACACCAAUGAAUGAUGAUGAUGAUGGCGCAGGAAGUGGCGAAAACGCUUCUUCUUCUUCUACUCAAGCCAAGGGAUUGGGAGAUUAUAAUGAGUUUGCUCAACCGGUGGGAUUCCAGGCCAGCUCGCCGGAUGAAGUCGCUUUGGUUACUUGGACUGCGUCAGUGGGAAUUACAUUGAUUCAUAGAGAUCAACAAAUGAUGGCUCUCAGGCUGCCCAACGGUGCAACUGUAGCUUUCGACAUUCUCCAACUCUUUCCCUUUACUUCUGAAGCGAAAAGAAUGGGUAUUGUGGUUCGUGAACGCAAGACCGGAAAGAUACAAUUUUACUCUAAGGGUGCUGAUGCUGUUAUGGCCAAGUUGGUUCACUACACUCCCUGGAUGGAAGAUGAGGCUGGAAAUUUGGCUCGUGAAGGUCUUCGAACUCUUGUUGUUGCUCAUCGCGAGCUCACUGAAGAACAGUAUGCUGAUUUUGCCCAAAGGUAUCAUCACGCUACAAUGAGCAUCACUGAUCGUCUUGGAAAGGCUCAAGCGGCUAUCGCAACAUUGGAAACUGAUCUUCAGCUCCUUUGCUUGACUGGUGUGGAAGAUAAACUGCAAGAAGGCGUUCGACCGACUCUAGAAACCCUACGUAACGCUGGUAUCAAGGUUUGGAUGUUGACAGGUGACAAGUUGGAAACUGCGGAAUGUAUUGCCAAGUCAUCUCGUCUAUUUCCACACGGACAAGGGCUGCAUAUCUUCCAACCGAUUACAGGUCGUUCCGACGCCCAUCUGCAGUUGAAUUCGUUCCGUCGACAUUGCGAUCUACCAUUGGUCAUUACUGGCACAUCGUUGGAGACGUGUCUCCGUUACUAUGAGGUUGAAUUCCUUGAAUUAAUCCGUCAUUGUCCCGCCGUGGUUGUAUGCCGUUGUUCACCCACGCAAAAAGCCGGAAUUGCUAAACUCCUCAAAGCUAAUGUGAAAGGUGCUGUUGUUGCUGCAAUUGGCGAUGGCGGUAAUGAUGUCUCCAUGAUCCAAGCUGCUCAUCUCGGUAUCGGUAUUGUUGGCAAGGAAGGUCGUCAAGCCUCUCUUGCAUCUGAUUUCUCCAUCACACAGUUCUCGCAUAUCGCCCGAUUACUUCUUGUUCACGGAAGAAAUACCUACAAGAACACGGCUUCUCUCUCGCAAUUCAUCAUUCAUAGAGGUUGUACAAUCACAGUGAUGCAGAUUAUCUUCUCAGCCAUCUUCUACAUAGUGUCAGUGGCCCUAUUUCCUGGUUUCUUGAUGGUCGGUUACGCCACAAUCUUCACCAUGUUCCCGGUCUUCUCUUUGAUUCUUGACAAAGACGUCCCUGACAAAGUUGCAAUGACCUAUCCUGAGCUCUACAAAGAUCUGGCCAAGGGUCGUGAACUCACUUUCAAAACAUUCUUCGUUUGGCUAGUCAUUAGCAUCUAUCAAGGAGCAGUUACUACAAGAGCUAUGUAG